AUGUGCCACUUUCAGGUCUCCUCACACACUGCUGGUGUGUUCCAUUUUUUGUCAUAGGGUGCUGGCAGAUUACGGGCCUCCCAUAGCUGCUGCCCAGGCCCCUAAUCUGCCAUGGGCCCCCUGUACCGCAGCCUCCUCAUGCUGCUAGCCUGCCAGGUCCAGAGUCUCUCAUGGGUCCCUGUACGGCCUCCCAUUGCUGCUGUCUCCAUCGCCCACACUCUGCCAUGUGCCACUUUCAGGUCUCCUCACACUGCUGGUGUGUUCCAUUUUUGUCAUAGGGUGCUGUAUGGCCUCCCAUUGGUGCUGCGCCUCCACCGCCACACUGUGGCUCCACACUCUGGUUUUUGGCCCCGUGACUGCCCAAAUGAGUGAAGUGUGCGGUGAAUCUAAGAUCGACGGGGCACUCAUUGCAUGUCAUAACAGACUGACAGUAUUAUUUCCUCUUCCCCCCACAGGACCUCCAAGGGGCAUUUAAAAAAGGUUAAAGGUAACAGUGUUCUGCACUAAUA